AUGCGGACCACCGCCAACUCCUUCAUCCGACUCGCAUUGAACCCUGCCGCACCCCACCCAUCCUCCUCCGUCUCAUACACCCUCUCCCGGAAUACAUUCACUGGCCCUCGACCAACCUUCUGCCCUCUGACUACCGCCCUCGGCCGGGCUCACGCCCUUUUCGUGGCUAUGGAGCGAGCUUAUGUUCGCAAGACCUACCGCCGCAAGCAGAAGGGAGCCGACCUGUGCAAGAAGCAUAACCUCGAGAUCGGCCAGUGGGGUAGAUGCACUGGCGCCGGUGAUGAUGCAAAACUUGAAGCGAGCUACCUCUCUUUCAACUCAGAGGCUUCAUGCCGAACUGAGUAUCAAAAUCCAUCCGAGCUGGCGGUGGGGCUCGAGUUGGUCUCAUCUCCACUUCCGCAUCGCUUUCUCAACCCACACAUCCUUCUCAGCCUGUCGCACGCCAACAGAGAGUCAAGCCAACCAAUUAAGAUAGCCCAAUCUCUCUGGAGUAUGUCUCCUUCUCCACUCAAUUCAGCCAGUCUCCCUCCACUCCAGCUUCGAUGUGCCACAUACCAUCUCCAAAUCUACGAGCCCUUAUCCUCAGCUUCAAUCUUGAUCAUGGCCUCGAGAAAACACUCCUCCGAAGCCCUCUCCUGCUCACCCGUAUACUAUUUACCACCAAUUAUCCUCCUGGUCUCUCGGAAUAAACACAUGUAUGCUAAAGUCCACAGUUCAUCCAGAGCCGUGCCCGUACGUAACAAACAAUCUUCGAAUUACUCAGAAGAUAAGCAAAUUUUGUUUUUCCAUUAUGGCGUUACCUUUCAAGUCACGCGGUGCCAUCCAGGAAUUAUGAGGAGCAGGCUAACUGUUUCGUGUCUCGAACCCAACGUGCUUCCUUCUCCUCCUGCCUCUUCGUUUAUUUUUCACGAUAGGAAAAGACCCUAUCCAUUGAAAACCUCUUUGCUCGCACGGCCUCCAAGGGAACGGCACCACCUACAAACCGUAAACCGCAAAACUCCCUCUAUACACCCUAUCACCGUACAAGGCGAGCUUCGGUUUUGGGGGGCCGAGCUGUGUAAUGACCGUGCAAAUUGUUAUCGGGUUACCGAGUAUGACAUGGAGGGGAUCUACGCUUUGUCAUGUUUGCGAGUAUUUUCCAUCAUCUUCACUCAUAUUCGCUUUAGUAUAUUUGCGUUAUUAAGGUUUCGUAUUCUGAUAUCGGAUGUGGUAAUAGCAAAGCAACACCCCACAUCAAGACUCAAAAUAUUCUUGAAUUCCGCAUCCCAAAUAUUCUCUAUCCAUUGUUUGGUAGAAGGCCCGCUCAUUCGUACUCACACCGUUCUUACCUUUUAUCCACUACAUAACCUUUCUCCCAUAUACAUUCUAUACAAUUUCUUGUAUUUGAAAGUUAGAAGGGCCCAAUUUACCCCUUUACAUCUUCAAGGCUACAUGGAAAUCCAUUUCCUAAUAAUCCAUAGACGUAUAAUUCAGAAUAUUGAAGAGGGUAGUCUGCAUCAACUGAAGAUGCGAACGACGUCAAACCCUGUGCUGCGAGAACUCAUCCAACUAUGCUCUCUAUUAGACCUUGCUUCUGAAGCUUUGUUCAUUCUCUAUGUUGUCUUUAGGAAUAUCUUGCUUGGCUGGCAAUACUACAUUUUACUGACAACACGCAUGAUGGCGCUAGUUCAGGCAGCCUUAGACCUACUAGAGUUCUGGCCUGUAGCCGCAUCAAGUUGUCUCUCGCUUGUCAACCCCCACUUCCUGCCUAAUACUAUUCCACAAAUCUAA